AUGGCAUCCGAUUCGAAUGACAAACCGCCUGCCAUUGUAACUCAUCCCGAUGAGCUUUCCAGUUAUCGUGGCGCCGGCGGCGAACCAACGCUUGUAGGCACUGCAACACCAUCACCCGUGACCUCGACAGUCAAAACCGACCAAGGCGAAAUUAAAGUCGACAUGCGUGAAGAUCUGGUUACAGCACACAAAGAUAGCGACAACCCAUUCGCGUUUAAGCCUUCACAGCUCGAGGCAUUAAUGGAUCCCAAAAACUUGGAUCUGCUGAUAAAGUAUGGCGGACUGGAAGGCGUCGCACGAGGCUUACAUGCCGACAUACACGCUGGCCUGUCACCCACGACGGAAAUCAGCUCCAGUAUCCCCCUGGACUCGAUCAUGAAUGCCUCCACAGAAUCAUCAUCAUUCGAAGCUGUAAACAACAUCGAGCAGCGAACCCAGGUGUUUGGCACGAAUAUACUGCCCCAAAUCAAGGGCAAGAGCAUCUUUCAGCUUAUGUUCCUCGCUUUUCGCGAUAAAACUCUGAUUCUUUUGGGCGUUGCCUCAAUCGUUUCAUUAGCUGUAGGCAUUUACGAGACAAUCGACAUCCCCGAAUAUGAUGCUGAAGGAAAUAGGAUCCCUGGCAUCAAGUGGGUUGAGGGCCUAGUCAUCAUCUGUGCCAUCGCCAUUGUUGUUCUUGUCGGCAGUAUCAAUGAUUUCCAAAAGGACAAGCAGUUUCGCAAACUUAAUGCCAAGAAAGAAGAUCGCCAAGUCAAGGCAACGCGAUCAGGCAAGACUGAAAUGAUUUCCGUACACGAUGUCCAGGUCGGCGAUGUUCUUUAUCUCGAGCCUGGCGAGGUGGUCUCAACCGAUGGUAUUUUCAUCGAAGGCCACAACCUCAAGUGUGACGAGUCAGCUGCUACGGGCGAAUCAGAUGCCGUCCGAAAACUCGAUUGGCGCGCAUGUGCACAGAAAGCCUACCAACUCCAAGAACACCACGCCAGCAGCCCAGAGAAGGACAAAUCGGACUACUUGGCACCUCCUUCUCCCAAUAAAGGUGCAGCUUCAUCGUCGUCCGUAGGCACUGCCUCUACACGCCAAGAGCCACCCAAGGCCCAGCUAAGUCGUUCUACACCGGAUCCGUUCAUCAUUUCUGGCUCAAAGGUUCUUGAAGGCGUCGGCACCUAUCUCGUCACUAGUGUUGGCGUCCACUCCUAUCACGGUCGGACCAUGAUGGCCUUGCGAACCGAAGAUGAAAUGACCCCUCUGCAAAUCAAACUUAAUGGUCUGGCCGGCAUGAUUACCAAGCUGGGGUCCGCUGCUGCCAUAUUGAUGCUGAUUGCCCUUCUGAUUCGAUACUUUGUCAACUUCCGCCACGGUGUGCCAACAGAAGCUACAAAAAUUGUCAGCGAUGUCAUGAGUAUUCUCAUUCUUGUCGUCACUGUUAUUGUCGUUGCCGUUCCAGAAGGUCUACCCUUGGCUGUUACUCUUGCUCUCGCAUAUGCUACACGACGCAUGCUCCAGGACAACAACCUGGUCCGUGUGUUAGCGUCUUGUGAAACCAUGGGCAACGCUACUACGGUGUGUUCUGACAAGACAGGCACACUGACGCAAAACAAGAUGACUGUUGUAGCUGGCACGAUCGGAUCCUCGUUCCGCUUCCGCCGCGAUCCCUCAGAUUCGCAGACCGAUGUCUCAGACGUCUCCGCUGUUGCAGACAAAGUCCCCGCACCUGUCAACGAACUGAUCCACCAAGGCAUCGCCAUCAACUCGUCGGCUUUCCAAGGUAAAGACGAAGCAGGCAAUCCUGCCAUUGUUGGAAACAAAACCGAAACUGCACUCCUUUCCUUCACGAGCGAAACCGGAAGCGAACACUUCGGCACACUCCGCCAGCGUUUUGAGAUUGAACAGGUAUUCCCCUUCAGUUCAGAGCGUAAGGCCAUGGCAACCAUCAUCAAGGUUCCUGGUGAAAAGCCGUCCCAGAUGAUCUAUCGCGCGCAUCUCAAGGGUGCUUCUGAAAUUAUGGUUGAGCACUGCUCACGCGUGGUAUCGCUGGAUCAAGGCGACCACGCUCAGUCACGACCGUUGACAGAAGCAGACCGCACACGCAUCGACCAUAUCAUCCAGACCUAUGCUUCCCAGAGUCUCCGUACCAUCGCUGUUGCCUAUCGCGAAUUUACUCAGUGGCCGCCGGCUGGCGGUACCGCUGCCGCAGGCGUCGAGCCGGACGUUCCCUAUGAAGACCUUGUGCAAGACCGAGGAUUGACUUUGCUCGGUAUUAUUGGUAUUGAAGAUCCUUUGCGGCCGGGUGUCAAAGAUGCUGUGCGUGCAUGCCAACAAGCUGGCGUUUUUGUUCGCAUGGUAACCGGUGACAAUGUCAUGACAGCCAAGAGCAUUGCACGUCAGUGCGGCAUCUACACGACCGGAGGGUUAGUCAUGGAGGGUCCUGUGUUCCGUCAUUUGGCUCCGUCCGAAAUGGACGCAGUGAUUCCACGGUUGCAAGUUUUGGCACGAUCAAGUCCUGAAGACAAGCGUAUUCUGGUGGAGCGGCUUAAGGAGCUGGGCGAAAUUGUCGCUGUGACGGGCGACGGCACCAACGAUGGUCCUGCCCUAAAGCUUGCAGAUGUUGGCUUUUCCAUGGGCAUCGCCGGCACCGAGGUGGCCAAGGAAGCUUCCAGUAUUAUCUUGAUGGACGAUAACUUUGCCAGCAUCGUCCGUGCCAUUAUGUGGGGCCGUUGUGUCAAUGAUGGCGUGCGCAAGUUUCUGGAAUUCCAGCUCACAGUCAAUGUCACUGCUGUUGUCUUGACGUUUAUUUCCGGUGUCGCGAGCGAGGAGCAAAAGUCCGUGUUAACGGCCGUCCAGUUGCUGUGGGUAAACCUGAUUAUGGACACGCUAGCCGCAUUGGCACUCGCUACGGAUCCACCUACCGAGGAGCUGCUGCAACGCGGACCGCAACCCAAGUCGGCGCCUCUGAUCAGCUUGCAAAUGUGGAAGAUGAUUAUCGGCCAGUCUAUCUUUCAGAUCAUUGUCACGUUUGUCCUGCUGUACGGCGGUAUCCUCAACUACUCUCCCGAAGACACCGUCCUGCAGACGAUCGUGUUCAACACAUUUGUGUUCUGCCAGAUCUUUAAUGAAAUCAACUGCCGCCGUAUCGACCGCAAGCUCAACGUGUUCCACAACAUCUGGGCAAACAAGUUCUUCAUUGGCGUGUUCUUUACGUGCAUCUUCCUACAGGCGAUCAUUGUCAAUUUUGCCGGUGUGGCGUUCCAGGUCACGCAGAUUGAUGGGCCUUCGUGGGCUAUUGCAAUUAUCGUGGGUAUGUUUGCCUUGCCUGUAGGCGUUGUGGUGCGCCUGAUUCCCGACAGCGCUUUUGGAUUCUUGUUCCGCAACCCUGCCACGCGACAGCGGUACUUGGGAGGUGAUUACAAGGGUCCCUUGGUUCCUUCUAUUUACAUGGCUGGAAAUGACACGUACAAGAACGUUGAGCAAGACAUCACAGCAUUCAAGGAAGGUGCCGAGCAGCACGACGGUCGUAGAGAUAGCGUUGCCGCAUCAAUUGUGAUUCCAAGCAUGGUAGCCGCUGCUUCUUCGACUGGGGCUGUUCUCAAUAAUAACAGUAGCCGUGAAAAACUACAGGUCGACGGUGAAAAUAACGACAGCAACAAGCAUUAG